UCCCUUUAACAUCACAUUUUCUCACCUUUUUUUUUUCUUAUAAAUUUUCUGAGUUUUGUGUUAUAAGCUGAACUCAGAAUCAAUUGAGAUUCAAUAAUCAAAAACCUAACAUGGCGGAAGUUAAGAACAAGCGAGUGAUUCUUAAGGAUUAUGUUACUGGUUUUCCUAAAGAAUCAGACAUGAACAUUGUUGACAGUACAAUAACCCUCAAGCUUCCACAAGGUUCCGACAAUGUUGUUCUGGUAAAGAAUCUCUACUUGUCUUGUGAUCCAUACAUGCGUACUCUUAUGAGCAACCCACAAGGCUCUAUCAAUCCUCGUGCAUAUACUCCUCAAUCUGCAAUAGCUGGUUAUGGUGUGUCGAAAGUUCUGGAAUCUGGGCACAAAGAUUAUAAGGAAGGUGAUUUGGUGUGGGGAAUAACUAAUUGGGAAGAGUACAGCUUGAUCCCUGCAGCUCAGAUACAUUUCAAAAUUGAGAACAAGGAUGUUCCUCUUUCCUACUAUACUGGAAUUCUUGGGAUGCCAGGGAUGACUGCUUAUACUGGUUUCUUUGAAGUAGGCUCUCCCAAGAAAGGAGAGAAUGUUUUUGUUUCAGCUGCCUCUGGUGCAGUCGGUCAACUUGUCGGCCAAUUUGCUAAAUUGCAUGGUUGCUAUGUCGUUGGAAGUGCUGGAACUAAAGAAAAGGUGGAUCUGUUGAAGAAUAAAUUUGGAUACGAUGAAGCCAUUAACUACAAAGAAGAGCAAGACCUCAAUGCAGUAUUGAAAAGGCACUUUCCUGAAGGCAUUGACAUUUACUUUGAGAAUGUUGGGGGCAAGACACUUGAUGCUGUACUCUUGAAUAUGCGACUCAAUGGUCGCAUACCUGUGUGCGGAAUGAUCUCACAGUAUAAUCUUACAGAACCUGAAGGCGUCACAAAUUUGGCACAUAUCAUAUAUAAGCGGGUUCUUUUGCAAGGUUUUAUUGUAGCUGAUUUCUAUCAUCUAUAUCCUAAAUUCUUGGAGUUUGUCCUGCCUCAUAUCAGAGAAGGGAAGGUUGUGUAUGUGGAAGACAUAGCUGAGGGUCUUGAGAAAGGUCCUGAAGCCUUGGUUGGCAUCUUUAAGGGUCACAAUGUUGGCAAACAAGUGCUUGUCGUUUCUCGUGAAUGAGUUUUCGCGCUGAAUAUCAAGCCCCCUUUAUAUGGCCUUUUGCAAUAAAUUUUAUCCACUCACCCUGAUUGUAGUUGUUUACUUAAGUGACAUUUUCUAAUAAGUUAAACCUCUAUUAUAUGCUUC